AAUUAUCCAAUCCUUUUAUCAUUUAUUAAGGGUGAUUUUUAAAAAAAUUCGCUCUUGGUCACGUGGAGCAUCCAAAGCGCAGAAGUGUGUUUUUCUUCAAGGUCGACCCGGCUCCUAUCGAUCGUUCACUCUCGUACACUGCCUGUGGAGAGACCAGACAUCUGCUAUUAUUUCUGUGAUAGAAGUGUGUAAAAUUUGAAAACAUAUUUAUAGGAUUCUUCAAAUAUUAGAAUGAGUGUUCUUUGAAUAAGCUGUCAGGGAAUUAAACCCUGUUUCAUGUCUGCUGCGCCAAAGUUGUGCCUAGUUUUAUUUCAUUCCUGACGGUUAUUUUUGGUGUGUGUGCCAUGGCAGCCACAAGGCGUUUGCAGAAGGAGCUUCAGGAUAUCCGAAAGGCAAACAUGAAGUGCUUUCGAGACAUCAGGGUAGACGACACAAACAUCUUGAGUUGGCAAGGACUCAUAGUGCCAGAUAGUGCUCCAUACAGUAAGGGUGCCUUCAGGAUAGAAAUUAACUUUCCUGCCGAGUAUCCAUUUAAGCCACCCAAAAUAUUAUUUCGUACUAAGAUAUAUCAUCCCAACAUUGAUGAGAAAGGUCAGGUCUGCCUGCCCAUCAUCAGUGUGGAGAAUUGGAAACCCGCAACUAAGACAGAUCAGGUGAUUCAAGCCCUCGUAGCCCUUGUCAAUGAACCUGAACCGGAACACCCUCUACGAACUGAUCUUGCCGAAGAGUAUAGCAGGGACCGUAAGAAGUUCUUUAAAAAUGCAGAAGAAUUCACAAAAAAAUUCUCCGAAAAGAGACCAUCCGAUUAAAAAUUAUUCUACCUUAUGUUAUGUUUUUCUUUUUUUUUUUCUUUUUUUGUUUUUUGAAGCAAAUGAGACACUGGAGGACUCAGUAUAUAUUGUGAUCUUUUCAAUAUUAAAUAAUUUUUUAGUAACUAAUUAUGUAAUUUAAUUAGCUUGCAGUUAGAUUAUAAUUUAUCCACACUCUCUUUUUAUUUUUUAAAGGAAAAAAAAUUUUUGAAUCGAUUUUUUUUUGUGCCAUUUUUUUUUACGUGCUUAAUAACAAUUUAGUGUUGGAUGAUUCUACAGGUAUUUGUAACUAUGCAAAUGUUUUUUUUAUUUUAUUUUCCAAACUUUCAACGAAGAGGUAAUAUUGUAUUGUGUGAUGCACAUAUUUUGAGUGUAUUCUAUUUACAUUUAAAAAAAAAGAAAAAGAGCCUGAUUGAAGCAGCCGUUAUAUGCUCAAAUGUAAACUGCAUGUGUGUGUGUUAAACAAUUAUGAAAGGCUAAAUUGCAUCAGUUUCACUUAGAGGUUUCUUCAUCAUAAUGUAUAAAAACAGUUUUGAACACUUUCUGAUGUUUGUUUUAUAGCUUCCAAUAAAAAUUAUAUUUCAUCUUC